AUGCUAAGGCUUGUAACAUCAUUACAAAAUAAGCCAGAUGCUAUGUCAAAACAGAAGAAAACUCAGAUAACCAAUUUAAAUAGCGAAGAAACAGAAAGAAAUUUAGUAACUACUAAUGAAAAUCUUCAAGAUUCAUUAAGUGCUGAGCUAUAG